GCAAUUUCCGCUCGCUGCUUCCUCUUUGUCUGUUUGUGCGGACGGACCGACUGAGCGAGCGGCGCCAUUCUCUGCUCCUGCACUUCCAGCUUCGAGUGCGCACCGACCCUUAACUACCACUAUGUCUGAGGAAGGGCAGUUGUUCGUCGGCGGCCUGAACUUCGACACGGACGAGCAGUCCCUGGAAGAGGUUUUCUCCAAGUACGGCCAGAUCACGGAGGUGAAAGUGAUUAAGAACCGGGACACCAUGACUUCCCGCGGCUUCGGCUUCGUCACUUUCGAGAACCCGGACGACGCCAGGGACGCGCUGCAGGCGAUGAACGGAAAAUCCAUCGACGGGCGGCAGAUCCGGGUGGGCCACGCCGAGAAGAAGUCGGGAGAAGGCCGCGGUUACGGUGGCGGCCGAGGCGGCUACAGUAACCGAAGGAGAGGCGGCGGUGGUUACUGGGAUUCCGCCAGGAGCGGCGGCUACGGCAGCGGAGGCCGCUACGAUCCAGGAGAGCGGGACAACUACUCGGCCGGUUACAGGAACCAGGGGGCCUACUACUACGGCGGUGGUAGUUAUGGAAGCCGCUCGUACAGGGACUAUGAUUGAUCACAUCUGGAGAAGCAUUUUUUUUUCAGAUUCAGGAUCGACGUCCCACCUUGUUCGUAAAGUGGCUCUUGAAACCACAAAAAGCAGCAUCUGAUGAAUAUGAUUUGCCUGUCUAUGUUAAAAAUGCUAGAAAACAAUUUUCACCAUUGUCAUGAUUAAUCUUGUUACCUGUUGUUUAAUCCGGAGUGCUGCCUCCAUGUUGGCCCUUCGAACGUAAUACCAUUUCGUUUUCUAUUUUUGUUUAAAAUUAGGACCGUUCGGUCAUUUGAACGUCAUGUUGGCGGUUUAGAUCACCACUGAAUCUCUUUUCGUCAGCUCCUUUUGGAAUUUGUUGAAAUCGUUUUGCUUUCUGGUGAGAUUUUUCCACAAUUCCAUAUGGUGCAAAAAUGAAAGAGCGCGGAAAAGCACUUCUCCCUGUCCCCCAUGUGGCCGAUCAUUAUACGCCAUUUUAUCUUUGGAAUGCGGACUGCUAUUAUUUCCAUUUAAUCGACCGAUUUUUCGUUGAAUCAAUUCACUUGGCGCAGUUAACUCAUGAGAAUGGAGUAUUUCUUAAUCUUUUGAAUGAAUUUAAAAUGUCUUCACGUGGAAAAUUACCACAGGCCUUCUAAGGAAGUUUUUUUGAUGGGGGUGGGGAGGACCUAAGUCUGAAUGCCAGCAAUGUGCCCAGUUUGAACCAUUUCCCUGCCAGUGAAAAGUAAUGAGUUUCCUCCACAGCAACUUGUUAAUGUAACAUGACAAAAUUUACUGAAAGCAAACUGGUCUUUUGUUUUAAAACUCAUUUAUGAAAACUGUAUACUGAUUUUUUUUAAAAAUCGAUUGUCAUAUGUUGUACUUUCAUCAGCUGGCAUAGUCCUUUGAACAGAACAUUGCCACCUGGGAGACAAAUUUUUGCCAGUGGAUUUAUCUGAAUAAAAUGCAGCUUCAGGAAUA